AUGGUACUAACCGUAUUCAUCCAGCUCAAGCAAACGGGCACCAUUGGUGCAGUUCCUGGAGUGACCACACAGUUUUGCCGAGUAUACAACGUCAGUACAGAAACAUCAUAUAAGACCGACAUUUCUUUGCAGGUAUCCGAUGGUACAUUCAGCACAGUAGACUCCUCACUAUUCAGAGACUACCUAGAGAAAAACAGACAUAAUCUGAACAAAGAAAAAACAGGAAUCUUAUGGUUGGGAGAUGAAGAAGAUGAAAUGCCGCAUUUCCUGCAUUACACCUUCAUCGAAUAUUUUGGCGCGUGCUGGCUGUUGGAAAACCAAGAGAAAGGGUCCGGGGUUGCAAAGGAGGUGUGGCUUCGCCUCCUGGACCGCGAUGUGGGCGUGGGGGUGAGGCACAUCCUGGAGCACAUGCUGUCGGACGGCCUCCCGCUGCACCGGGCCGUGCUGGAGGGCAGCGAGGGCGCGCUGGAGGCGGCGCUGGAGGCUGGAGGCGACGCCGACGAGAGCGACCGCUUCGGCCGCACGGCGCUGGUGCAGGCGGCGUCGCUGGGCCGCGCCGACGCCGUGGGCGCGCUGCUCGCCAAGGGCUGCGACCCCGGGCGCAGGGACGCGCUGCUGGGCUGGACGGCGCUGCGCUACGCCAGUGCCUGCGGCCACCUCGAGGCGGCGGAGCGACUGCUGCGAGGGGGCGCCGACCCCGACCACUUCGUAUCUCACAACGUCGACAUCCGAGAUCUUGUAUUCACAGCAGCAAAGCGAAAUUGGCCUGGAAUUUCGAAGCUUCUCCUCGAAAGCAAAGCUGAUGUUAAUGCAAAAGAUGAAGAAGGCGAAACUCCGCUGAUAAAGGCAGCCAUCGUGGGAGAUGCGCAAUCCACGGAGCUCCUCUUAGAACAUGGCGCCGACGUCAGACAAAAGAGCAAGAAACACAACACAGCGCUCCAUUACGCUACUCUACGGGGUCAUCACCAGAUUACGAAGCUUCUCCUCGAAAGCAAAGCUGAUGUUAAUGCAGUAGAUAAAGAGGGUGAGACUCCGUUAAUGAUGGCGUCAUGGGCGGGUGAUGCGCAAUCCAUGGAGCUCCUCUUAGAACAUGGCGCCGACGUCAAAAAAAAGAGCAAGAAACACAGGACAGCGCUGCAUUACGCUACUGAUAGGGGUCAUCGCCAGAUUACGAAGCUUCUCCUCGAAAGCAAAGCUGAUGUUAAUGCAGUAGAUGAAGAGGGUGAGACUCCGCUAAUGAUGGCGUCAUGGGCGGGUGAUGCGCAAUCCACGGAGCUCCUCUUAGAACAUGGCGCCGACGUCAGACAAAAGAGCAAGAAACACAGCACAGCGCUCCAUUACGCUACUCUACGGGGUCAUCACCAGAUUACGAAGCUUCUCCUCGUAAGCAAAGCUGAUGUUAAUGCAGUAGAUAAAGAGGGUGAGACUCCGUUAAUGAUGGCGUCAGGGGCGGGUGAUGCGCAAUCCACGAAGCUCCUCUUAGAACAUGGCGCCGACGUCAGACAAAAGAGCAAGAAACACAGGACAGCGCUGCAUUACGCUACUCUACGGGGUCAUCACCAGAUUACGAAGUUUCUCCUCGAAAGCAAAGCUGAUGUUAAUGCAGCAGAUAAAGAG